AUGUUGUUUCGUUGUCUGGCAUUGUUGCCAUUCCUGGCGGGAGCAUUUGCCAAAUCCAAGGUGCACGAUGAUACCUUCACCCCUGACUACGUCCUCGAAGCUACUCUGGACGAUAUUAAAAUCAACUGCAAGUCCAGAUCGUCAAUCACAUUCAACGGUACUUCUCCCGGACCAACAAUCUACCUGCGAGAGGAACAAACGACUUGGAUACGAGUCUAUAAUAAAAUUCCUGACAACAACGUCACAGUUCACUGGCAUGGUCUGAGUCAGCGAGCUGCACCCUUCUCAGAUGGUACACCUCUCGUCAGCCAAUGGCCCAUCCCAGUUGGACAAUUCUUCGAUUAUGAGAUCCGACCACAGCUGGGAGACGCAGGAUCUUACUUUUAUCAUUCACAUGUCGGCUUUCAAAUCUUGACUGCUUAUGGAGCUUUGAUUGUUAGAGACGCUGUCAAGCCGGAAUACAAGUACGACGGAGACAUCCCUCUCAUUGUGGGAGACAACUACGCUGCUCAAGAUGAAGUCAUAGAAGAGGGCCUGCUGGCAGAUCCGUUCAAGUGGUCUGGAGAACCUCAAGCUAUAACUAUUAACGGAAACAGUGGUAACAAGAGUUUCUAUGACGCACCAGACUCAAGCUGUAUGCCUCAUGUAGUCCACGUUGAUCCUGGCAAAGUCUACCGGCUCCGAUUCAUCAGCUCUACAGCAUUGUCUAUGAUCAAGCUGGGGAUUGAAGAUCACGAAAACUUCACAGUCAUUGAAGCCGACGGGUCAUACACAAAGCCUGCUCAUAUCGACCAUGUUCAGGUCUCAUCUGGCCAACGUUUUAGUUACCUCAUCAAAACUAAAACUUCAGAAGAGGUUUGUGGAGGUGAUAAGUCACAGUAUUGGAUCCGGUACGAAAGUCGCGACCGACCCCAAGUCAUCAGUGGUUACGCUUUGCUCAAGUACCGAUGUGACGAGGGCCAAAAUCUCCCAAAAUCACUUCCCGCCACCUCGCCUAUCGAACUGUCCAAUAGUACUGCUGACUACCUCGAGUAUGCUCUUGAAGGAUUAUCAGAAAAGAACAACCAAGCAUUUCCGAGGUUAUCAGAGGUUACAAGAACCGUUACUAUUCAAGUCAACCAGAUUCUCACGACCGGUGCCUAUAAAAAUGGAACCUUGAAUGGCACAGUAGCCUGGGCCCAAAAUGGCCUACCUUGGAAAGAAAGCGUCCAAGCUGAGCGUCACCAAGUUCCAUAUCUGAUUCAAGUCUACGAGAAUGGCACGACUCCUAACUAUACCCUUGCCCUGGAGCAUCAUGGCUUUGAUCCGGAAACCAAGGCAUUUCCUGCCAAGGUCGGUGAAGUUUUGGACAUAGUCUGGGAGAACAACAACGGCCCUACAGGCGGCUGGGACUUCCAUCCAAUGCAUGUUCAUGGAUACCAUGUCUAUGAUCUGGGUUCUGGUAACGGAACAUACAACGCGACUGAGAAUGAAGCGCACUUUGACAACUUCACCCCUGUUCUCCGGGACUCAACUAACCUCUACAGAUAUGCGGUCAAGGGUGUUCCACAUCACACCGCCGGUUGGAGAGCUUGGCGACUCCGCAUCACAGAGGAAAACAUUGGUGCCUGGAUGAUGCAUUGUCAUAUUGCACAGCAUCAAGUGAUGGGUAUGGCCACUGUAUGGGUGUUUGGUGAUGCGGAUCAGAUUCGUGGUAAAUUUCCUGCUCCUCCAUAUACUCAAGGAUAUCUAGACUAUGGUGGAAGUGCCUAUGGAAGUGAGGAUAGUCAACCUUGGGUGAACCAUUACUACAGCAGUGGUGAUGAUUAG